GUCUAGAAGGGGGCGUGGCUCACGUGGCGCGCCGGGACCUCGGGGCGCGCUGUGCACCGCGGUGACAGCGCCCGGUGACAGCUCUGUCCCGUCCCCUCCGCGCAGCGACCGGGGUUGCCCAGCCCGGCCCUCCCCGGCCCCUCCGCUGCAGCUGCGCCCCGAGGUGAGCGCUGCCCCGGCAGUGGGGGGAUCCUGGGGGACGAGGGGCACCGGCGCUGUCCCGAGUGGAGCUGUUCCAGGGGAGGGCAGCAGCAGGACCGGGCACCCCUCAGCUCCUGGUGCCCUGGAGCCGCCAGCGGAGAGACCCAUGGCUGUGCCUUGCCAGGUGCCGGUGACGCUGGAGGAGGUGACGGUGCGCUUCUCAGCGGAGGAGUGGGCGCUGCUGGAGGAGUGGCAGCGGGAGCUGCACCGCGACGUGACGGCGGCGACGGCGCGGCUGCUGGCAUCCCUCGCGCCCACACUUCCAGGAGAAGAACUGGCGCUUCCCUCUGGCACUGCAGACGUGGACGGAUCCCGAGAUGCAGCUGCAGGGCAGGAGCUGCGAGGACCCCCCGGCAGCGUGUCCCUCUGUGCCCUGGUGCGUCUGGUGAGGGACAUCCCCCAGUUCCUCUUUGGCAGCUCCAAUGGCACGGGGCCGCGUGCUGCUGCCGGCAGGGAUGUGGCACUGGGAUCUGAGCUUCUAGGCACAGGUGUUAAACCAGAAGCGCUGGCCGAGAGCUCCCCACUGUGGAGCCUGGAGAGGUGCCUGGAGGAGCUGCCGAGGGGGGGGCCCGGCCCCGGCCCACCCAGGACCCCUAGCAGCAGUGAGGGGCACCAGGCAGAGCUGAGGGGGUUGUGCUCGCAUGGAGCUGGGAGCAUUGGGCACAGCCCUCUGCAAGGGCUGCUCGACUGCCUGAGGGCUGUCACCACCCCAAUGACAUCGUGCUGGUCCCCACCAGGGGCUGCCUGUGGCACAUGGGCGGCCGUGGAACCAAGUGCCCUGAGGAGAGGGGACCAGAGCCCCUCUGCAGCAGGCAAAGCCCUGGUGACACCGCGCUUCCACCGAAUGGAGACCUUGAAGUGGACAGGCGUGAGCGCAUCCAUCGGGGACACUGGGACAGAGGAGCAGAGGGGGCUGGAGAUGAGCCCGGCGCUGGAGGAGGCCCCACUGCGCAGUCUGCUGCGGUGCUUGACGACCGUGGCGGUGCAGGCACCGUGCCGGGACCCUGUGGGUGCUGCAUUGGGACUGAGUGGUGCUGAGGCAUCGCCCCAACAUCGCCCCAGUGCAGGGACCACGGUGAGCCCUGAGGAGACCCAUGUGCGAGGGGACACCUGCCCCGAUGGCAGCGUGCGGCCAAGCGCCUGUGUCCCUGCCAUGGGGACAACGACCAAGAGACUCUCCAUGGGCGGCACCAAGCGCUCACCCUGCAGCACCCGCAGGGCCUCUGCCCGCUGCGCAGCCAUGGGGGCACUCAGGGCCACGUCCCCUCUGGGCUCCAGUGCUCAUCCCGGGGCUUGUCCUGGGGGGGUCCCCACAUCCCCAUGGGAGCGCUGUGGCUGUGGGGGGACCCUGGAGCUGCGGGCAGAAGUGGCACAGCUGCGCACUGUUGUGGUGAAGAAGCUGCACCAGCUGCGCCGGGAUGUGGGCACAGCACAACGGGAGGUGUUGGGUGUGCGCAGCCGCUUGGCACGGCUGGAGCAGGGGGCACGGGGCCGGGCACGGGACACGGCUGCACUCAUCCGCAGCCGCCGGCGCCUCCGCGAUGCCAUCCGGCGCCUGGAGGGACGGUGCUGGGCGUUGGAGAGCCGGGCCUGGCGCGGCAGCCAUGCGCUGCCCGAGGGCCUCGAUGCUGUCACCAUCCUGCAGAUGGUGCUGCCGGCGGUGCUGGGCCUGGCGCUGCCUCGCUGCGGGUCCGGAGCAACCAACACCUCUGCAGCCCCGCAGGGUUUGGGGGCUCUAUGAUGGGGCUGGCGCACUGCUCCCUAACCCAACCCCAGCCGGAGGCUGGUUCCCAGCAGGGUCCCCAGUGGGGACGUGCAGCUGUCCCCAGCUCCUCAGGCGGCCGCGGUGGGGGGGCAUGAGCUCCUGUACCCCCGCCCCCUGCUUGUCAGUACGGGACCCCCAGUCCUGCUGUGCGCAUGGCUCCACGCUGCAAUAA